AUGGCGCCUGAACCUCCACGUCACAGGCAUCGGAGCAAGUCAGCUCCCAGGGCAGUCAGUCCAAAUCCCAAGGAAUUACGCAAGGCUGCUGCUGAGAGUAAGGUAAAAAAGAAGACCGGGAAGUUGCGGGAUGUGGACGUCUAUACAACACCACCCCCAAGGCCGAGCAGCAGGUCUUCUUCAAGUGCUUCGAAGGGCUCUACCAAGUGUAGGAUUUCUUUUGGUGAGAACUCCAUCCACCAGAUCGAAGCUGAGAACAAGGGGAAGGGAAAGUCUAAUAAGAAGGCAAUGGAUGAAUCGGAGGCUACUGCGAUUGCGGAGAAAGGUGCCAACAAGGACAAAAAGGAUGAUAAGGAAGCAGAGGGGUCUUCGAGCAGUGAGUCGUCUGAAGAUGAAGAAGUGCUGGAGGCUCGUCGGAUCUACUGGGCACAGUUUGAGACACCUGGUGUUCUUCUGAAAGAAGACAACUCAGAGAAGGAGGAUGAGGAGAAGGAGGAGGAGAAGAAGAAGGAGGAGGAGGAUGACGAUGAGAACAAUGAAGAAUCAGAAUCAUCGAGUGAAAGCGCAAAGUCCGAGAGUGAUGAAUCUGAUAGUGAGGAGGAGGAGGAGGGUGAAAGUGGGGAAGAUGAAGCGGGUGAGGAGGAUGCAAGCAGUGAAGAUCAAGAGGAAGAGGAGGAAGAGGAAGAUGAGGAUGACACACCGAGCAAGGGAAUCUUGAAGAAAACCUCUGCAAAAGAGACAAAGAAGAAAAGCGAUGGAACGGAAGAGAAGAAGAAUAAUAAGAAACAGGCAGAGAAGAAUGAAGAGGCAAAGAAGAAGCGAGAGGCAGAGGAGAAGAGUGUUGCCAAGAAGGCGGCUGCAGAGAAGAAGGAAGCAGUGAGUAAGAAGAAGGAGGCAAAUGAAGAGAAGAAGGCAGAGAAGAAGGAUGCAAAGAAUGGAGGAAAGAAGGAGGCAGAGAAGGCUGCAGCAAAGAAGGGGGCAGAGGGGAAGAAAAAAGAUGGAGAGAAGAGUGAUGGAAAAGCCUCUAAAGUGAAGGCCAAAGAGCGUGCAAAAGAGAAGGCGACAAAGGAGAAGAGUAAGAGUGGGAAGGAGAAGGCAGACAAGAAGGCAAGCGCAGAAGAAGAAAAUGAACACAAGAAGAAGAAACUAGCCGAUGAGUCAAGUUGUCGCAAGAAAAGGAAGACUGAAGAGGAGGAGACAGAAGAGGAGAAGACUAGUGAUGGUGAAGGAAAGGCAUUGGAGGAAGCUGAGCUAGCUGGCUUGGCCAAUUCCACUUCACACCGCAAAGAGUGGCAACAGUUCUCACGCUGGAUGCGUAACAAGAAGCGGUGCCCGGCGAAGAUCAUUGCAGCAUGCAAGUCCCAGGAGACCCGGCACCAGAUGUUUCGCGACUUCAUCGACUGCGGGAAGGACUUUGCUAAGGUGGAGGCAAGGUUCGAGCAGCGGCUCGAAGAGGUUCAGAGAACCUCUGUGAAGUGGGGGUUCCGCAAUGAUCAAUGGUUGAUCAAACACCAUGGCGGGCGCAAAGCUGCUCGCAUUAUGGAACGAAAGAAUGCUCAUGGAUUGACAGUGGCGGACCCGGAGUUUCCCGGCGAGAACGAGCUGUUGUACUUUGUGAUGGUGGAAAUGAACAUAGAGGACGUGAAGGAACUUCGCCGCAUCACCCAGCUAGAGAUGGAAGGGACCCUAGACUCCGAGGGGCUCAAAGCCUUCGUGGAAGCUGGGGGAUGCCUUGAUGGCAAGCAGCACUUGGCGCUUGGCAACAUGAUGGGUGCCGAGGGUAUGAACAAGCUGAUCACGAAAGCUAGCCUUAGCUAG